AUGAAUUUACAUAGUGCCAUAUAUCCUUUGUACAAAUUAGUAAUCACCAAACCAACACACAAAAAAAAAAGUGUUCCUUUAUAUUGGGUAGCAUUAAAAAGUACGAGCAUUAAUAAUGUUGAGGGAAAUAUAAAAAAAUGCAAAAGGUGGAAUGAAGAAUGUUACAAAUUAAAAAAAAAGGUACCCAGUAAAAAUGAAGAUGAUAUAGAUAUAGAUAAAUUAAAUUAUAUGAUAAGAAAAGAAAGAGAACGAAAAAAAAAAAAUAAAAUAAAGGAAAAGGAUAAUAAUAAUGAUAAUAAUAAUGAUGAUAAUAAUAAUGAUAAUAAUAAUGAUAAUAAUAAUGAAGAAGAAGAAAAAAAAAACUAUAAAAAAGAAGGAUAUUUUAAAUAUCAUGAUUAUGAUUAUGAUUAUCAUCGUGAUGAUGUUAUGAAGGCUUCAAUACAUAUGAACAAAAAAGAAAAUAUAUGGAAUAUGUUUAAUUUGGAUAAUAAAGGAUAUAUAAAAAACGUGAAUAUAAAAAUUAAUGAUACACAUUUAAUGGAUGAAUGUAUAAAUUAUUGUAAUACAUGGAAUAUUCAAAAAAUUUGUUAUAAAAAUGUAGCAAAUAAUAAUAUACAUAUAAUAGAAAAGUUGGAAACAACACCAUUGGAAAGGAAUAACAUAAUAAAUGACAAAAUGGAUAAUAUAAAUAAUCAAGCAAAUAAAAUGAAUAGUACAUAUAAUAAUAAUAAUUAUAAUAAUAAUAAUAGUUGCUAUAAUUAUAACGAGAUCAAAACUUUUGAUCAUCAAGAAAAAAAUAUACAUACACCUACCAAUACCAAUGAUAUAUAUGAUAUAAACAAUUAUUAUGAUAUUUUAGAAAAUGAACAUUCUCUAGAAAUUAUGAAAAAGAAAAAUAGUUAUAAUAAAUUAUUCGAUGAAAACGAUGCACGACUUAAAUGGGAUACACAAUAUGAUACAUACUACUCGAAUGAUGACAUAAAAUAUUUUAAUCAAUAUAAUGAUCACAAUUAUUGGAAUUAUAUAUAUACUUUAGAUCUAAACAAAAAUGUAUAUUUAAAUGAUCUGGGAAGAAAUAAACCUAUUCAGUUUUUAAAUAAAUUUCAAAUCUUACAAAUACUUUAUGAAAACAUCGACAAAGUACUAGAAACAGAUAAUCUUAACAUGUGCUAUAAUACAGAUAAUAUUAAAAUAUAUGAUAAUUUUCAAAAGAACAAAAUUUGUGUUCGUAAUUUCACAAAUUUCGAUUCUGUAAAAAAUCAAAAGGAUCUUAUUCAUCCACACCAUCAAGGUAAUAAUUUAAAAGAAUUAGACAAGGGGGAAAAAAAAAAAAAAAAUUCAGUUCAUUAUUUUGAAGAAGAAAUAUUAUUAAAAUAUAUUAUAAAUUUUAAAUAUGAUAAAAAUAAAGAAAUAAACGAAAUUGAAAAUCCUAAUAAAAAACAUGAUAAUGUAAACUUCUUUUAUCAUAUAUUAAAUAGAAUAGAAUUUAUUAGUGUAUCUUUUAAUUUAAGAGAAAGCAUAUUCAUUUUAUGCUUUUUUUAUUUAUAUAAUUUUUUAUCUUUUGAAAUAUUAAAUAAAUUUAUACAAAAUAUCUUAUUACACAUACAUGAUUUAAAUAUUGUACAAACAUUAAUAUUGUUAAAUAUAUAUGGUACAUUUAAAAGUAAUUACGAAGAUGUAAUUCAUCUUUUAUUAAUGUAUUUUUAUAAUAUACAAGGAACACACUUAUCUAAAUAUAAUUUAAAAGAAAACAAAAUAACAAAAAAACAAAAUAAAAAUGAUCACAAAUUUGUUACAUAUUAUAAUCAUGAUGAAUCUAUAUGUACUCAUGACAUACCUAUGAAGGAUAAUACUUACAAUGUAACAUAUGAUAUGAUAUUCCUAAAUAUAUGUCUUCAAUAUAAUAUCCAUAUAAAUAAUUCUCUAAUGCUUUUUUUUACAAAAUAUCAUAUACAUUUUUAUAAAAAUAAAAUAGAUUCUUCAUUAAUUCCCUUUCAAUGUUUUUGUUUUUUGACUGACGGAAAAAAUGAGCACUUAUUUUUUAAAACAUUACAAAGUUUUUCAUCUUUAUUAAACACCCAUAUUGUUCAACAGACAUCACCAGGAUUAAGACAUAUUCUAAAGAAUCUUCAACAAAAUAUAACAACACCAAGGUUUACUAUAGAACAACUGAGUAAGAUUAUUAGUGCUCUUAAUUUUUUGGAUAUCGAAAAGUGGAUUAGGCACAUGUUUACAUAUAUCAAAAGGUAUAAUUAUAUGGGGCUUCCAAAAGUUGGGGAUCAUAUCAAAAUAUGUGAUGAUAUCAAAACAUAUGAUGGUAUCAAAACAUAUGAUGAUAUCAAAACAUAUGAUGGUAUCAAAACAUAUGAUCAUAUCAAAACAUAUGAUGGUAUCAAAACAUAUGAUGGUAUCAAAACAUAUGAUGAUAUCAAAACUUAUGAUGAUAUCAAAACAUAUGAUGAUAUCAAAACACAUGAUGAUAUCAAAACACAUGAUGAGAUCACCAAACGUACUACAUUCGAACCUCCCCACUCUUGUAAUCACAAAGAACAAAUAUUUAAAAGUGAACACAAAUUAAAACCUACUUAUAAAGAGGAAACGAAACAAAACCAACCUUUUAAUAAACAUAUAAUAAAUGCUAACAUGAAAGUAAUAAACUUCCUUUUUUUUUUUAAUAUUGUUAAAAAUAUAAAUCGAUAUUUUCUUUUUCCCUUUUAUGAUAAAUAUGAUUUAUAUGAACUAUUAAAAGAUGAAGUAUUUCCAGAAUAUAAAAUAAAAUACCAAGAUGGUGAUAUCACAUUUUCGUGUUUGGUACAUACAGACUACAAAUUAGUUAAUCAAUAUGAGGAUGUGAAAUUAUUUUAUAAAAAAGAUGUAGAUAAUGAUAUAUGUCAUAUGCCAUAUAAUGUAGAAAACGAUCAAGUGUAUUCUUAUGGGGAAUAUCACAAAACAAAUGAAACAGAUUGUUUGAUUAAUUUAACAAAAGACGAUGUAAAGAAUUUAUUUAUAGAUAAUAAUAACAAAUUAAAUACAUUUUUAUAUAAUUAUAAAAAAAUAAAUAUACAAAAUAUUCCUUUGAAAUUUAUUGUAGAUAUUAUUUAUUUUAUAAAUAAAUAUGGACAAAUGAUUAUACCUUUUAAAAAUAAUAUAAAUAUAAAAGAAAAUGAUGAUAUAAACGAAUAUAUCUUACGUAUCUUAUCUUUUUGUUAUUUAAAAAUUUAUGUUCUUCUAAAUUCUUAUAAUAACAUUUCAAAAGAAAAGAAAUAUAUAUUAUCACAUCUUUAUAAAAUAAUAAACAAUUCUUAUUAUUUAAAUAAUGAUAUCUUAAAUUAUAUACCAACAUCAUUAUCUACAUUACAUAAAGAUAUGCAUAUGAUAUGUUCUAAAAAACAUUUUAAUUUAUUAAGUUAUUUUAUAUUAAAUCUAACAAAAAAUCUGUUACCAAAAACAAAAAAUCUAUAUUCAUCCUAUCAUCAGAAUGUUAUAAAUUCGUAUGUACAAAAUAUAAAUAUAAAUACAAAUAUAAAUACAAAUACAAAUACAAAUAUAAAUACAAUUAAUAAGAACUAUUACAAAUUAACUUAUUCAAUAUAUAAAACACUUUUGUCAAUCUAUUAUAAUUUUUUUGAUUAUAUAAAAGAAUCUUUUGAUAUAUUAAUAUUUCUAAAAAAUUCAAAAAAUAUAUUUUUUUCUCUUUGUAUAUAUUUAUAUAAUAUAGCAAAAAUAAUGAUGUUAAAGCAUCCAUAUGACAUGACCUUACAAUAUUAUUUGUCUUCCUUAUAUAAUAUAAAUAUAAAAAUAAAUAAUAAUGGCAAUAUAAAUAAUAAUGAUAAUAAUAAUGAUUUAUAUAUCCCUUUAGAAAUAUACAAAUUAAUUUUAAACUUAUUAAAAAAAUGUAUAUCUUUUUUUUAUUUACACAAAGAUAAUAUUAUACAACACAUUGUAAGUAAUGAUGAUGUUAUAGACUUUCUUAAUACACUUUCUUAUUUCAACAUAUCUUUGUAUUAUUAUAAAUACUUAUUAAAUAUUAUACAAACAAAUGAUACUAUGCCACAAGAAAAAAAAACAAGUGACAGAAAUCAUAUAAAUAAUACAUAUAAUACGGUUAUGUCAACAUAUGAAGAAGAAACAACAUGUACAUACUACCAACAGUAUCAUGAUAAUAUUUUUUCUUAUUUUUUUAAACAUCUUAUUCAAAUAAAAACAAAUUGUAUAAAUGAUUUAAACGAGAGCAAUAAAUUAAUUCUCUUCAAAACAUUAACAAAAUUAUUUGUUUUUAAUAAAUAUAAAAAUGUUCUUCAUAUGGAUCACAUCACUAUAUUAUUAAAUCAAAUUAUGCAUUUUGUUAUAAUUCAUCAUAUGUAUAUAAGCAAACAUAAUUAUUUUUUUAUAAUAUCUUCUUAUAUAAAUCUUAAGAAAAAUUAUGAUAUUGUAAAGCAGGACAAAACAUUUAAUCAUACUGCAUAUCAAAAACUAGCACAUAUAUGUGAACAAAUCAUAAUAUGA